CGCGCCCGCCGCGCCCCCAUGGCGGAGCUCAGCACCUCCUUCGUCAGGGACUUCCUGGCCGGGGGCAUCACCGCUGCCGUGGCCAAAACCGCCGUGGCCCCCAUCGAGCGCAUCAAGCUGCUGCUGCAGGUGCAGCACGUGAGCCCGCAGAUCGCGGCGGAGCAGCGCUACAAGGGCAUCGCCGACUGCUUCGUGCGCAUCCUGCGCGAGCAGGGCGUGCGGUCCUUCUGGAGGGGCAACCUGGCCAACGUCAUGUACUACUUCCCCUCGCAGGCCCUCAACUUCGCCUUCAAGGACAGGUACCGCGAGGUGUUCCUGGGGGGCGUGGACAAGGACACGCAGUUCUGGAGGUACUUUGCCGGCAACCUGGCCUCGGGCGGCGCGGCGGGGGCCACCUCGCUCUGCUUGGUCUACCCCCUGGACUUCGCCAGGACCCGCCUGGCGGCCGACGUGGGGAAGUCGGGCUCGGAGCGCGAGUUCAGGGGCCUGCGUCACUGCCUGCUGAAGAUCGCGCGGUCCGACGGCGUCCCGGGCCUGUACCAGGGCUUCACCAUCUCCGUGCAGAGCAUCGUCCUCUACCGGGCCACCUACUUCGGCCUGUACGACACGGCCAAAGGCAUGCUCCCCAACCCCAGGGACACCCCGAUCGCGGUGAGCUGGGUGAUCGCCCAGGCGGUGACGGCCACGGCGGGCUUGGUCUCCUACCCCUUCGACACGGUGAGGAGGCGGAUGAUGAUGCAGUCGGGGCGCAAAGGCGCCGACGUCCUGUACAGGGGGACCGUGCACUGCUGGCGGAAGAUCUUCAAGGACGAGGGGUGCAAGGCCUUCUACAAGGGCGCCUGGUCCAACGUCCUCAGGGGCAUGGGCGGCGGCUUCGUGCUGGUUCUUUACGACGAGCUGAAGAAAGUCAUCUAG